AUGACAGGAGGUCUCACCGACAAGGAAAUCAAUCAGACAUAUGUCAAGGUUCUGGGUCAGAUGCCAUAUUUCCGCAGAUCGGGUGGGCGUGACCACAUUUUCGUCUUCCCAAGCGGUGCUGGAGCUCACCUGUUUCGCUCGUGGGCAACUUUUCUGAAUCGAUCCAUCAUCCUCACUCCAGAGGGUGACCGUACUGACAAGCGAGGUAUAAGCGCAUUUAAUACAUGGAAAGACAUUAUUAUCCCGGGGAAUGUGGAUGAUUCUAUGGUGAAACCUGAUGCUCGUGCUGUCCAACCAAUUCCGUUGACGAAAAGGAAGUAUUUAGCAAACUUUCUUGGUCGUGCCCAGGGAAAAGUAGGCCGUCUUAAAUUGGUGGAACUGGCAAAGCAGUAUCCUGACAAGGUUUGUCUUUCUUUUGAUAUCCAAAUACAGUUUAACAUGAUAUUAAUCAGUAUGGCUUCUGUGGGUUAA